AUGUCGGCACUGUUCCAGAGCUACGAGGAGGAGUACCGCGAUGUCGUCAAAAGCAUCCGCGAGGGCCUCGAUGGACUUCGCGCGACGUUUAACCACGAGGCAGACGGGUAUGCCGCCCCACCGGUCACCGGUCCGGCCAGUCGCCUGCAACGCGGCGCGCAGCUUGUGCGGCUGACGACACAAAUGAAGGGGCUGCUGAAUAACAUGGAGUACGAGAGCAACGACGUCCCUCUCGCACAGCGACCGGCAUUGAAGGAGCGGCUAGCAGACUGUAGAAGGGACGCGCGUGGUCUGGAGGAGGAGGUCGCAAAAGUGCGUGGGAAGUGCGCCGCCGCCGACCGCGUAGACCUCAUGGCUUCCUCGACGAAGACCGGAUCGGCCCCCGUAGAUGCCAGGGCUUUGGGUCUCGAUGAGGAAACCGCAAGGCACCGUCUGCAUAUGAUGCAGAAUACGGAGCGGAUCAAGCAGGCCUCGAAUAAGUUGGGUCGAGCAGAGCGGCUGCUGAAUGAGACGGAGGAGACCGGGGUGACGGUGAUGCAGAACCUGCGCACCCAGACAGAGACAAUGCAUCACAUCCACGCCACAACAAAUAGCGUUAAUGAGGAGAUCUCGGAGGCGCGCAGGGUCCUCACCCAAAUGCACCGGACGAUGAUAAAACACAAACUCAUGCUGAUUGGUAUUAUUUUAGUAUUGCUUUUACUUAUAUUUGUAGCAGCGUACCUGUCGGUUUCGAAGAGUGCGGCACAGAAACCAGUGAACUUGCCGCAGACUCCAACGGAUGCUCCAACGCUACCAACAUGGAUUCCUCAGACAGGAGGUGGGCUGCCCGCUGAGUGA